CUUUUGAUACUUUUAUUUGUGCUUUUGAUACUUUUUGUUCUUUCUACUGUACAUCGCGUCUGCGGCCGGUGGUGAACGGUGGAUGAGUUUUCCUGGGAUCGGCACGAUGUUGAACUAUUCCGUUGACCAGCUGAGGAAGUUCAACAACUGCACUACUCCAUCGUGUAUUUCAGUCAUCAAACAGCUUGGACUCCUUCGCCGGCCUCGUUAUAUUCACAGGGGCUCCCGGAGAAAGCUUGUUUAUCUUCGAAACGACGGAGACUCGGCGGAGAACCACGAUGGCUUUAACCUCUCAGACUUCUGGAACCUGCUGACUCAGGCGGUGACGUCCACCUCGCAGGAAGCCACCAAAAUCAGCCUGGCCUUCUCCAAACCCCCUCUCCCUUCGGAGCAGGAUUGUGUUAAUCUGGCGGAAUCCGUUCAGAAGAGCGCGCUCACGCUGGCGACGGUUUAUUACCGAUUGCCGAAGAGUCAAGGCACCACCCUGAGGAAGCUCGUCCGGGAAGCCACGGUGGAGGUGUUGGACGGCGUGGUGGGGCUGCUGGACGUCAUCGUUUCCUCUCCUGGGCCGAGUUUGGCUCAGGAGCAGCUCACCUGUACGGGCGGCGUGUGGGCGGCGUGUGACCAGUUUGCUAAGUUAGCGAGAGACAAUCGAGCGGCGGUGUCGUACGCGGUGACGGCGUGUAUCAGACUGGUGAAAGACGCGCUAAUCGAGCUGCAGCAGGCGCUGGAGGAGAACGACGACCCGUUCGGUGACGUCCUGGACGACGGCGACGACCCCCGGGGGAAUCGGGACUCCUACUGGUCCCAGAACGACCGCCGGCUCGUCUCGAAAUGCCUCGGCCUGGUGAAGGCGGCGGGGGCGUGCUUACGGAAACUAGCCGGCGCGGUUAACAGCAACGGGAACGUGGACACGCCCGCCAACGUCGCACAGCUGGAUGAUCUGGCUGAUGUGGCCAAAGAGAUCAGUCCGAGUGUUGAUGAGCUGGUGAUGAGUCUGUAUCCUCCUGUCGAGGCUUCGGCUGUCGAGAUCAACGUCUCUAAACUGGCUUCCAUCUUGAGGAAAACACUCGGGAUGAUCAGGGCGUGUCACGUCUGUUCGGAGGCCGACGUGCAGUGGGUGGAGUUCUUAGAGGGAGCGGUGGAGCACAACGUUCAGGAGGUGAAAACGCUGCUGUCUCAGGACUCCAGCUGAGAGGAAGAGGACGGACAAACAUCUAUAAACUAAAUAAAUCAAAUAAAUGUAUAAUAACAUUUGUAUGUAAAUACAACAAGCUGAAGGUUUCUUGUUAGCCUGUUUGCUAAACGGAAGCAGUUGGGCGUGUCUGAGGGAGGGAGGGUCGGAUGAGGUACGACGCCCCGCUGUCUGACCUCAGUGUUACCCUGUAUUUAUACCUCAAACUCUGAGACGUCCAGAUUUUUGCAACCUUCUAGAGAACCCAAAGUCUUUGUGCUUAAAUAAAAUAAAUAAAUAAAUUUUUUUAUUGAAAAAA